AUGGAUAUGACCUUCUCACUGAGGCGAAAGGAGGUUGUCGACAAACAACCCAUGGUGGCAGAGUUGAAAGAUAGAUGGCCCGCUUUGUUCUUUAAAGAUCAGAUUUGUGAGGAGUUUUUCCGUAAUACAAACAAAGAUCUACUCGGAACAUUCAGAGCUGCAGUAGAAAAAUAUACGCCCCUGCUGCUGAGUUUGUACCGCGCCCGAAAAACAGAGUUUGGCAAGGACCUGAAGGAGAUACUGAGAAAGCUUGAUGAAGAGACCACCAACAUUGUCAGACACCGCAAGGAAGCAGCCAUGAAAGGACUUCCUGUGUUCCUACGUGAAGAUCCUAAUCUACUUUUCAAGCAUUGUCUUGAAACUGAUCCAGAUGACGUGGCUGCCAAGGGAGUCACUGUGGGAAUUCUGUAUGUCCUUGAGGACUGUGUGGCUGAAGCCUCAUCCCCCAAGAUCCAAAACAUCGCACUCAUCUUGGAGGAAUCCAUAGUAGUAAAGGACCUUCCGGAUACUUCCAUUGCCUUGGCCUACCUUCUCGGCCUCCUUUAUGCACUCAAUAUUUCCUAUCCCGAGGACCAUAAGUACACCUUUGAAACAUUUCAAAAGGUGUUCAUGGAGACUGGCCCAAAAUGCUCUAACCGUGUGCGAUCUCUCAAGAAGAAGCUUUGUCUUGUCUAAAAAAGAAAAAAUGGUUUUCCCUCUUGGAUUCAG